UUAGAAAAGAAAAAAAAAAUGAUGUCGGGAGGGCUUUAUUAGCUAACGAUCAAAGGAACUGUCUCUUUCGGCGUGGGUUUUGUUCUGUUCAAUGUGUUCUCAUACCACUGUGUGGGUAACGUUGGAAGGAGAGACGCGUAUGAUCUUAUAAAGUGUUAACAUAAUGUUUAGCAAAAAGAAAGUGUUUAACAUAAUGAUUGCGGCUAUUAGGUUUCAUACACAAGAUGGGCGACGAGUUAAUCAAUUUUUGGCUUCCCAAAGAAUUGCACCUAACCAUAUAUAAAAAUAAGAAGUGCUGGAGUUUGAAUUACUUUUAGAAUAUUUGGAUUCUUUUUGUAUGUAAAAAUUGGUUUAUGAGGGACGAGUUCGGGAAUCGGGUGCGGCUAGUAGUGGCCAAGAAUCUGAUACCAAUAUCUUUCCAAAGCUGCUGCUUUCUAUCGCAUCCCUCCAUUUUCAAACUGAUUCUUAAAGGUUCCUUUCGAUUAUUAGUAUUCGAAUAUUAUGCAUGCAUCUCCUUUUCUAUAUCUCUAGUGUGUUUACACCAUCCUCGAGCUCGAGUUAUAUAGACAAAGCUUUAUCUAACCAACUAGGCUAAUGAUUUUUUUUUUAAUGUGAUUUUAGGUGGUUUCUACAUAUACAAGCUGGCGGGCAUCUAGUCUGGUUCAAUACUUCAUCUAUUUUCACAUGAACUUCUUUUAUAUAUAGUUCGAGUUAACUAUCUAUAUAACAUAUAUAGUAUAUCGUUUUGACAUGGUAUCAAGAGUUGGUGGUAUCAUUUUUUUUUGUCGACUGGAUAGAGUUGGUGGUAUCAAAUCCAAAAAAAAAAAGACAUUUUAACUAGAAAUAUAUACAGUAAUCAGUAUGAACGAAGUUUGUCAUGUCUAAGUUAAGAAAAAAAUCAACUGAGGUUGGGCUAAUGUCCCGUGAAAGAUAAUUCUAAUACGGUGAAUCUGCAAUUCGAUUCCUGUGGACCACCAAAAAAUUUAUAAAUGUAGGCAUUUUUGGAGCCCAUAGAUUAGUCAGUUGAUUUCGCAAAGAAACUGUGAUUAACUCAAAAAAAAAAAGUUAAGAAAAGAAGGAAAAAGAAAAUUUACGGUAAAAAUGUGAAAGAAUAAGUCUAAUAUGGGCUUUCUAGUUAUUAUAUAAUAAUUUGCCAAAAUAUUCCACUUUUGCUUCAACUGAGUAGGAAGAAGCUGGGCUUGUCUGCCUACUGGCUAUGGUUUUUGUAUGGCUUUUUAUCUUAACUUUUCUGGGCCUGUAAGAGUAAUAUCCUCAAAAAGAACAAAAACCGCUAGAAGGAGGGGUCGAACCUCCGACCUUGUGGUUAACAGCCACACGCUCUAACCAACUGAGCUAUUCCAGCUUGAUUGGUCACAUAUGUCUAUAAACAAUUUAGUUUUAAUAGUUUAAGUAAAUUGAAUAUGGAGGGAAUGUCAUUUCACUCAAACCAGAGACUGAUCCAAAAUACAAAUGUCUAGAAAAACUCUUAUAAGUUAUAACUUCAAUCCAACGUCUUUUAUUCGUCUUCUCCAGAAAGUCAUUCCCUUUACUCUUUCCUCGAACCUUCUCUCUUCUCCCACAAACGUCUCCAAGAAUACGAUUCCCUACGUACUCACACAGGCUCAAGCGCUCCGUCGCUCCCCGCUCCUUACGUCAUCGAGAAAGAUCCCAUUUCGCUUGAUUUAGAGACUGUCUCUACGCUCAUUGAAUCAAUGAAACUGGUGAAAGCUUUGGCUUUGGUUGAAGGUAUUGGUCAAAGGAGGGUUCGUUGAUGCAAGUGAGAGAAAUCUCAGGAGAUGAAGAUUUUGGGUAUAAGAAAGCAUUCACGGAGGGAGAUUCACAAGAAGCUGAGAACAAAAGUUUUCAGGACAGAAGGACAAAAGAUAUUGAUUGUCUCUAGAUAGUGUUUUGACACGUGGCAUUGCUAAUAUGAGGAGCAACUUGAUUAGGAAAAAGUUUUUAGUUAAAAAAGAUUGGCUUUUAUUAAAGGAGAGCUAAUCCCUACAUUAUAGGAAUACCCUUGGUUUUAAAGAAUUCUGGAGAAAAAAAAGACCAAAUGGAUUAACUCUUUCAUUUUGUUCAAACCUUUGACCCUUAAGGAUUUUAUCCUUUUGUUUUGUGUUUUAUGUAUUAACUGUUUGAUGGAUUGGUCAUUGUUCCAGCCUCAAGAAGAACACAAACUUUUAACUGUUUUAUGUAUUUAGACGUUCUUCCUUUCAUUGAGGUCAAUACUUAUCAACCUAUUCGUUCUUAGAACCUUUUGCUCAUUUCCAUUUGAUUUAUAGACGGAGGAAAAGAUUACUAACGAAGGCAGCCAUUGCCUGUAAAGCACAAGCAAUGGAAAAGAAUCAUAAGAAAGGACACAAUAAAAAGGGUUUUAAUCUAAAGAAGCAUAGAAAAGGUGAUCCAAGACCAACCAAUAAAGGAGGGAAUGAUGAGAAGCCUGUUUUGUUCCAGUUGGGGAGCAUUGCUAUGGUCAGUGAUGCUCGUCUCAAGGCAGAUCCAGAGAUCACCAACAGCAUACCUGCAUCUCCUUCCUUGUCUUCAUCAUCUUCCUCAGGGAAUAACAAUGCAAAAGAAAGGAAACUAUCAGAGUUACAAAGCUCAUCAAACACAUUUGGGUCACAAGUCUCUGGUGUGACGCAUGCAUCAUCAGUAGAGCCUGCGCUUCUUUCGUCUCCUUCUGUUCAGUUAAUGGAUAGAGAAGGAUCUGACCAAGUCUCCCAGAGAAACUCUUUACCGAUCUUGGAGAGAAACUUGAGCGCGGUCUCGAAUGAUUCUCUGUUUAGUCUCAGCAUAGGUGAUAACGGGAUAACAAGAGAUGAGUUGUUUAGUUACCGUGACUUCAAGGCUGGAGAGCUUUUGAAAUCGAGUGAGCUAUUGUCUUUCUGCCCUUCUGUCGAUGUUCCUGUUGACUCUUCCGAUAUUGGGAAGAGCUUUGAUUUGGAGGACAAAGCGAGUGAGUUGUUAGAAAGUGACAGUGAUGAUAAAUCUUCAACCUCGGAGGUAUCGUGGAGGAACCUUGGUGAUAACUCAGACGAAGCGCCAAGCAGCACGCAGUCAGUUUCAUCUCCAAUAACAAAAAAGAAGAAGAAGAAAAAGAAGGUGAAGAAAAAGAAUACACAGCAGCAGAAGAAGAGAUGUUCUUGGUUGUGUUGCAAGGACACUGGACCGUGCUUCUCUUGUUGCCAAUGGCCAAAUAGUGAUUACGACAUCUCUUGUUGCAAGCGUCUAAAAUAUUGUUUGUGCUGCUGCGGACUGCCCCAAUGCUGCUUCUCUUCUUGUAGCUGGUUCUUUUGCUGCUGUUCAAGUUCUUCAAAGAAGUUAAUAGAUGAUGAGAUAGCUAUGCAGAAACCACAGAAGGCAGAGUCCAAAACAUCUCAUAAUUGGUUCUGUUGCUUUCCUUGUUGUGCUUCUUAGUUUAGAUUACUACCCACUAUGUUUUUUUUCUGUAGCUAAAGGGAUUAAAAGAAAAUUUAGAUUUUACACAGAUAUAAGUGUUUCUUGCUUAUUAAGACUGAGAACAGUUGUCAAGAAAAGAAGAACAACAAUAUGAUUUUCUUUUUUUUUCAUCAA